AUGAUUGGUAGUGUGUCGCGUCUCUCUGCUUUGGGUUGCAGGACGGCAUUCCGUGCGUUUUGUUUUUCAGCAACUCGUUCUGGUAGCCGUUUUAUGUUGAAUGAAUAUCCUUCUGUUGGUAGGAAUGUUUCAGUUCGUGCUUUUGGAACCCAUAUCUGUGCUAAUCAUGUAAAUUCCGGUGACAUGAUAGGUCGUGAGCUUCCUAGUUUCAGGACGUCUGCUGUGAUCGAUGGUGCUAUAGCUGACUUUGAUUCAUCUGAAUAUUUCCGUGAUUCUUAUGGUUUAUUAGUAUUUUACCCAUUGGAUUUUACUUUUGUUUGUCCUUCUGAGCUUUUGGGUUUUUCGGAGCGUUUAUCUGAUUUUGAAUCUCGUGGUAUAAAGGUGGUUGGUGUUUCAGUGGAUUCUGUAUUUUCGCAUCUUGCGUGGUUGCAUACUGAUUUGAAGAACGGUGGUGUUCAGGGUGUGAAGAUUCCCCUAUUAUCUGACAUUUCACGUACUAUCAGCAAGAGUGUUGGUUUAUUACGUAGUGAUGGUUUUGCGCAGCGUGCAUCUGUUUUGAUAGACAAGUCUGGUAAGGUUCGUCAUCUUUCUAUAUUUGAUUUGGGUAUUGGUCGUUCUGUUGACGAGACUCUGCGUGUCUUCGAUGCUAUAAAGUUCAAUGACGAGUCUGGUCAAGUGUGCCCUGUUAACUGGAAGAAGGGUGGUGAUUCUAUGGCUCCUACUUCAGCGUCCACUGGUGCUUACCUUGCCAAGACCUUCUCCAAGGGCGCUUUGGGUUGCGGUGCUUACUACGGUCAUACCAGCGGUUCAUCCCGUAGUAACGAUUCUGUAUUGCCCCGUGACGACCUAAUUACAGAUUAUGUGUACUUUGACCUUGCGUCUGAGCGUCGUUACCUUGGUCGUGUUUUGUUAGGUUUAUACGGUCGUCAUCAACCGUUAACAUGUGAGAAUUUUGUGCAAAUGUGUAAAGGUUAUGAAGUUGAUGGUCGUUUAAUAGGUUAUCGUAAUUCCCCAGUGAGCCAUGUGUUCCCCCGUAACGGUAUUGUGCUAGGUGAUUUGUUUCAUUCUGGUAGUCGUUUACGAUCGUGUACUAUUUUUGGUCGUAGUAUGCCUGAGGAGAGUUUUGAUGUGCCAUUUGUUCAAGAAGGUGAUGUUGCCAUGUUUUCAUCCGGUGAUGAGUCAGGUCUUACAUCUCGCUUUUUGAUAACAUUGACUAGCAAUCCUUAUUUGGGCCGCCGACCUGUGGUUAUUGGUACUGUGGUUAAGGGCAUGAAGCUGAUUCGUUCCUUGGGUAAUGAGCCUAUUAAGGACGGUGUCCCUUUACGUGACAUCCGGUAA